AUGGUGGAUUUAAAUGAGAGCUUCGAUUCGCAGGCCAGUCUGGACAUUCCGGAUCUUAUGAUUGAAGACGAUUCAAACUAUAUGAGGCGAUUCAUUGUUGGUCAACCGGGUAUGUUGUAGUAGUUUAUGUUAUCAUGGAUUUAAUUGGCUUUUAAGAAUUUAAAAAGUUUUUUGAUUUAUGUCACAAUUUAGGUAUAGGUGGCGUAUAUAGUUUGUAACAAAUAUGUUUUUUUGCUUAUGAUCUAGUUAAAGUUUUAUAAAAAAACGAUAUUAUUUUAGGUCAUGAAGAUCGGAAACUGUAUUACCUGAAACACCCAAAGACAAAAACGAAGGCACUUUAUGAAAUAACUGAAAAUGGAACUAAUGAAGUGUUAAAGAUGAAAUUAGAUGGAAGGUCAACGCUUUUAGGGGAAUCUGUGAUCAAAGAAACCGAGCUGUUCAUCAUGGCUCCAAUUCAUCCAUUUUUCUUGUUGAUUCCGGAACUGAUUGAAAAGGUAUGAAGACAGCUAGCUAUGUUUGUCUUUAAUUUGGUUAGAUUAUACUUAAAUCUCACUAUUUGGUUGACCAGGACUUUUUUAGACUUUACAUAUUAGUUUGGUCAAGAAUCUUAUCAAUCAGUCAAAGGUUUGGUUGCAUAAACUUACUUUUACCAUUAGAAAGAUUAAUAUCCUUUAGUAGUACAACUUUGAUUUUUUUAAUCUAUCAGACCUAUUUGAAGAUUCUUUAAUAUUUAUAAGAUUACGACUACUUUCAGAAGCCGAUGUCUAAAUCUAUUGACAAUAUAUUUGAAGGGAAGUUGUUGGCUGUAGCUCAAAUACCGUCGGCUCUGAAAGCUUUGGACUUGGCUUGUACUGUUGAAGGUAAGGUUUAUUGGUUUUAAAUAUAUUUUGGUGUUUAAAUUGAAAAGCUGAAUGAAAACGCUUAUUUUAUAUACAGCCAAACCUCUUUGGUAUGACACUCGACUUGUCAAUUGGGCCGGCCCGAUUACUCCGUUUAUAUGACACUCAGGGGACUGGACUAAAAUGCCGUUAUAACUAGGGGUUCUUUUUUGACUAUACAGAUAAUUUUUCAUAGGAAUUCUUUGCAAAGGGCGGUCAGAAAGCUGUCGUUAUACAGAGGGUGCUGCACUAUUGAGAGUCGUACUAAAGAGGUUUCACUGUAUACGUUUUUUUUUGUAUUUUAAAGUUGCUAUGCCAUGGUAAUUGAAUUUUGAUAAAUGAAUUUUUAGUUGUCGAUGGUAGGAAGCAUUACAGUUACGAUCACGACAAGUUGAUUUCAUGGUGUAUGAAGCGAUUCAACAUUUAUGUUGAGGCAUUUAAGGCUUCCGACGAAGGCCCAGCAGCUGUUAGAGAUGGUGAGUUAUAUCCCUUUACGGUAUGGUGACAUCUAUGACAUUAAGACUUUAUUUAGCUUUUUGUUGAAAGUUUAAAUUAAGGGUUUGCAUUUAGAAAGUGAAAAUUGUAGUAGUCUUUUUUUUCAGAUGAAGCUGCGUGUCGAUACUAUUGUUUUACCAUCUUCACCGACUACAUAUGUGAAUCGUUGGGUAAGGAAUUGCAGAUGGUGUUGGAGAUAGAGAAGCCAGAAGUGACGAUAUCAACUCAAACGGUUGUCAAAAGGAAGUCGGUGGUGGCCGUUGAUGUAAGUUUUGAAUGUUUUUUCUGGUUUUCUAUGUUUAUUUUUUAAAUCUUUAUAUUAUGCACGAAGUUAUGAACCCUAAAACAAAUUAACAUUUAAAGAUUUCAGCCCAAACCGUUAAACAGCAAGCAAAGACGGCUUCAAAAGGCCAGUAAAGGGGUUCAAAGUUUGUCGUUAUUCUUCACGAAGAAACCGUAA